GAUGUUGGCUGCAGUUCCUCUGUAGUGAACGUAAAUUGCAGCUAUUACGUAAUGAUUCCUUAAUUAAUUAUUGAAAUUUUUAUACAUUUCUAUUGUUAUUUAAUUUUUGUGCGAAUACAAAAUGGGUAGGCUUAUUGUUUUCGAUAACGUUGUGGAAGAUAAGUUGAAUAUAAUAUUCCGAAAUAAAGGUUGUCAAACGGGGUUGAUUAUUGGGCAGUGCACCGAUCAAAAAGAUAUUGCUAUUAGGUUAUGUUCAACUCCAACUAAAGAUGAUGAUGUUCAUGCAAGCACUGCAGGUGAUGCUGAUAAUUCGAGAAAAAGUAAAACUAAUGUGCCUGAUAUUGAUGAACAGUGGAUCUGCCAGCAUGCAAAACAACUUAUCAGAGCUCUUCCUGGAGGACUUGAUAUUUUAGGCCUUUUUAUUGUUGCUCCUUCUGAAUUUACUACAAAAAAUCAACCUCUUCUGAGACAGGUGUUAUUUUCAAUUUUCAAAAUUCUUGGGAAAAAUCGAAGUUUCAAUUUGUGCUCUUCUGAAAGAAUUUUGCUAUUUAUUUGUCCUGUCACAAUGAAAACAGUUUGUAAAACUUAUGACGUCUCUGAUUACAAGAGUUUUGCUAACCCUGCAGAAUGGAAAUUGCAGUCUGGGUCAAUGAAGUGGCAUCGUAUUCGCUGUCGUCUUGCUGUGGACAUCAAAUUUCCUAUCAAGAGUGAAGAUGCUGGCUUGAGCUUGCAGAAGCAAAUUGAAAUUGGGUUGCAUCCUUUCCUUGAAAAUGUUAAAGAAGCCCAUGCUAUUUGCAAUGGUUCUCAAAGAGAACUUGUUGAGCCUUUGGACUGUUCUAAUGAAGGCAAGAAAUCAAAAAAGAAAUCUCUUCAUGAAAGUGAUUCUUCAUCAACACCAUCUAAGUGGCAUGAUAUUGAAUUAUUCAUUCCAUUGGAAAAUAACAACAAUAUUUCUAACCCUGAAGUAUGUGAAUGCAUUUGUAUGAUGACAUUUAAAGGAGCUGUGCAGUGCAGAGCAUAUGUUCACAGCAAAGCAACUGUUCAAGAAGCCAUUAACGCUCUGAAACAAGAUAUUAUGAGAAGUAUAACAGCUAGAUUUGAAAUACAUUGUGAAGAUUUAUUAUUAAUUGAAGAAGAACAGCAAG